AUCACCUACGAGUAGACGUGCGGUUGUAGUAGAUGUGUUUUUGUACGAGCAUUUUAUGACUUCUUAUCUGAGAAAAGUAAUUACAGUUAAGAAAAUGUCAGGAGUUGAAAGUAAGAAUGCAAAUCUGGGUAUCGACACAUACCUGGUGGAUGCGUUCACGGACAAGAUUUUCCUUGGAAAUCCUGCAGCAGUGUGUCUUAUGACAAAAUACGAGGCGAAGAAGCUUAAUGAUAAUGACUUUGUGAUGAUAGCGGCCGAGCUGAAUCAACCAAAUACGGCAUUUGUUGUGUCAGAGAACAAUGACUUUACAACAGGUUCCCAGUUUGGACUGCGUUGGUGUACCCGUCUAAAAGAAGUUGAUCUUUGUGGUCACGGCACUAUGGCAGCUUCCGCUGUUCUUUUCUACACUUUAGGAAAUGAUAAUGAACAGUUGGAAUUCUCAACAAAAAGUGGCCCGCUGUAUGUGAAGAAAGCCAGCAACCGUGGGAUCUCUAUGAACCUUCCAAUAAGUCCUCCAGAACCAAUGAAUCAAGAACCAUUUUCCGAUCUUUUGAAAAUUACAGUUGGUGAUGUUGACCUUGUUCAAGAAGUUCAGCUCGACAAAACUGGAAAGCUUUUAGUCAGACUUAGGGACGAAGUUACCAGAGAAGCUUUGAUGAAACUGAAACCUCAAACAGAGGCAAUGGUGUCCACUUACAACAAAGGAGAUCUCCAUGGUAUCGGCGUCACUUUGAAGGGUUCACGAAAGAACGGCUGUGUCGACAAGGACGGAAAUGUCUAUGACUUUGUGUCUCGCUACUUCUGCCCUUGGGAUGGCCCUUUGGAGGAUCAAGUGUGUGGCUCAUGGCACACGGUGAUCUGUGACUAUUGGUCGAAAGAACUGGGAAAACAAGACUUGUAUGUGAACCAAUGUUCUCCAAGAGGUGGACAGCUAUGGCUGACUGUGGGAGAAGAUGGCAGAGUAACCCUGAGUGGGCAGGCUGUGAUGAGAAUGAAAGGAGUAUUCUUUCUGUAACACACAAAGAACUCUCUCUCUCCUUUCGAUUUUAUUCAUGAUCAGACGUUUGGUUUUCAGGAAAUCCUGGAGUUACCACAGAAAAACGAAAUUCACAUCCUGUCCCAGAAACCCUACCAAAAUUCUUGACUAGGGCCCUACCAAAAUUCUUGACUAGGGCGAGGGUAAAGUUUAAAACUGGAAUGCAGUAGUGCUACAAUAUUAAAUAUAUAUAAUAAACUGUGUACAGAUGUAAACAAGGCCUCAUGUAGGUUGCAUACGAUGGUUGUGUGUCUGUGAUAGGUCAGUCGUAAUAUUCAGUGUAUUUUAUGUAGUGUAUAAUGAUCCGGGGUGGAGAGUAGUCGGUGGUCCCUUGGAAUAUUGUAAAAUAGAUUUAAAAAAUAAGAUUCUUUACGGGAGAAAAUUCAUAAAGUAACUAAAGGUCUUCGGUGAAUCUAAGUUUGCAUGUUUAAGUGUUGGGUGAAUAUUUUUUAGUAUUUUAUUUAUUUUUUUAAAAAUAUGUUUAUGCAUUUAAUUUUUUUUUAAAGACAGAUUCCUUUUCAUUUUUAGUAAGUCUGGGUCUUGGUUCAGUCCAAAUUCAGUGACAGCGAGUCUCACUGAAUGGAAUAGUCCAAAGUGGAAGUUGAUGUUUACCAUUAGUGCAUGCUAUACCGGGCUUCACUAUUUCAUCAACAUGUAAAAAGUUAAAGAAAUCUAACGACAUAAUAAUAUUAUAGUCUAUCGUUACAUAGAACUACGCCCACUUUGAAAUAUAACGCUUAUUGCAAUGUUUAAAACUUUCCCAUACAAGGGUUUCAGUACAAGAUGUUAUCAUUUUUUCACUAUUUAUUUACUAAUAGGUGGUAUAUUGGGAUAUUAAUAAAAACAGAAAUGUGUGAGUGUGUAUAUUGUGUGUAUGUGUACUUGCGUG